AUUUCCAUGGAGCCCCUCCUCCUCCUCCUCCUCCUCUUCCUCCUGCAUCGUGGCACUUAUCUCCCCUCAUACCGGGCUGCUUUGUUGUGAAUACAGCAGCGGCACCGUAUUGCGCGUACAAACCAGAAGGUUAUGAGGAGGUUAUUCCGACUCCUGACUGCAGCAGCAUCCAUUCACACUGAGAAACAAACAGCUGCAGCGUUGACGCCGCUCACCUGAGAGAGCAAAGGGGGACAGAGACGGAGAAAGUGACGUUUUUUCCGCACCGGACGUUUUGCACGGGUCUUUUGUUUUCUCCAUCUCUGCUGCAUCAAGGACAGAGAUACCAGGGCGAUACGAGGAUCCAUGACAGACGCUUUGAAUAGGAUACCGCUUCAGUAUCACGGUUGUGUGGGGAUUCGGCCAUGGAUGCCGGGAGGCUGGAGCAGCAGGUGGCCAGUGUGGACAGAGGCAUUGCCUUCCUGAAGCAGGAGCACCUGGCCAUGCUGACCGGUCUGCAGCUGGAGAUCACACACCUGAAGAGGCGCUGUCAUGAGCUAAGCUGUGAGCUGGACUCCAGGUUUCCUGACAGAAACACAGAAGAGGAGGAAGCAGAGCUGGCAGCACGUUGUGAGGCCGCAGAGCGUCUCCUAGAGGACCAGCAGUGCAUGAUGGUCGCUGCGCGUGGGGAACUGCGGGCCGGCCGGGCACGGGCCUCAGCGCUCGGAAGGAGCCUCAGGGAAGAAGAGCGGUGUUUCCUGGAGGAACUGAAACGGCGUAGCCACAAGAUCACGCUGCUGAGUCGUGAGCUGCAACGGCAAAAUGUUAUCACGUCGAGUCUCUGCCACGAGCUCCACACCGCACGCUUAAAACUGUUCCAGCAACGGCAGAGCACAGAGUCUGCUGCAGAGGGAGAGGAGGAACCCAGAGGAAAGGAGGUAGAAGAAGUAGAGGAAGAAGAGGAUGAAGAGGAUGAAGAGGAUGAAGGGGAGGACUCAGACUGGCUUCUGUCUCCGCCUCCUCCAGCCUCUCCCAGCCAAUCAGAAGUGAGACACAAGAGGCGUGUCACUGUGAGGGAGGAGAGGGUCAGAGCUUGUGUCCCACAGGAGAGAGUGACAUCGCCACAGAGGCCACACCCCAUGCCGGACCCCGCCCUCUUCUUGGUGCCGCUUAGAUACCGCCUCCUUCGCUUGAACCAACCAAUCAGAACGCAAGACGGAGACGGGCUGGAGGACGAGUGGGAGGAUAUAGAGGACAGCAGGGUACACAGGAGGGUGGACAUGGGAGCGGGAGAGGGAGAAACUGCUCUGUGAUGAAGAUAAUAAAAGGCAAAAUUGUCUUCCAGCAGGUCUCGGGCCAACAUCGAUCAACAUCCCGAUCGAGUUAUUCUUGGAAAAAAAACUUAAGAGGAGAGAGAUUUAACCUUGUGAUUGUCUGUAGAUUUCAGGGAGUGAGUUAGAUAUUUAGAGCUAGUUGCACAAGAGUGUGUGAUCCAACCUACACAUAGACGUAUUAACUGAAUUUGUCACAUCGAUUGGUACAGUAUGUACUAAAAUGUGAAGAAAUGAGUGGGUCAAAAAAGACUGUUUCAUAUGGAUGCCUUUUGAUUUCAACACUGUCGAUCACGGCUUUUGCCUGUAAUUAGUAGCCUUGCCUCUGGGUCUGCGAACUUCAAAAAUGGCAACCUGCUUUUUCACUGCACAAGCCGUAUUCCAGGUUUUGGAAAGUCACUCUAGAAGGCUUAAGGGACGUUUUGUAUGAUUUGCACUUUAUUAAAAUUCAUGCAAUGUGCCUGGUAAAGGCAGAGACGUA